AUUAUAUUUCUAUAUGACAGCCCGAUCGCGGUUCCUCGCCGGCGGAAACUCGCCGGCGGAACAACCGGGGCAAUCGUCGCCGAAUAUUAAUAAUAGAAUCGACUCAGAUUUUGUGGUGAUCCUUGCGUCGCUGCUAUGCGCGGUGAUCUGCGUGCUCGGACUCGUGGCGGUGGCGCGUUGCGCGUGGAUCCGGCGAUUUUCCGACGGUCGGGACGGCGAGGGGCAUCAGACGACGUCGGCGGCGGCGGCGAAUAAAGGCGUGAAGAAAAAGGUUCUGAAGUCUCUGCCGAGGCUGACGUACGGAGCUGACAGCGAGCUACAGGCGGAGGACCUAACGGAAUGCGCGAUUUGCCUUGCGGAUUUCGCCGACGGCGAGCAGGUCCGUGUGCUGCCGCAGUGUGGUCAUGUGUUUCACGUCACGUGCAUCGACACGUGGCUAGGGUCUCAUUCCUCGUGUCCUUCGUGCCGUCAGUUAUUGAGGACGGCGUUUUGUCAACAGUGCGGGGGAUUGCCGACGGAGCCGUGCUCGGCCGCCAGAAUUCAGCCGGAGCCACGUGAAAGCCACGUGACUGCGUCGUCGUCACGUCGGACAGCCAGAAUUCAACCGGAGUCACGAGAAAAUCACGUGUGCACCUCUUCGUCACAGAACGCCGGAAUUGAGCCGGAGUCACGUGAGCCUCACGUGGCUACGUCUUCAUCACUUCAAACCGCCGGAAUUGAACCGGAGCCCCGAGAAAACCACGUGAGUACGUCUUCGUCUGAGACCGGCGAAAUUGAGCCGGAGCCAGGAGAAGACCACGUGAGUACGUCUUCGUCUCAGACCGGCGGAGUUGAGCCGGAGUCACGAGAAAAUCACGUGAGUGGAUCUUCGUCUCCGACCGGCGGAAUUGAGCCGGAGUCACGAGAAAGCUACGUGAGUGCGACUUCGUCUCAGACCGGUGGAAUGGAGCCGGAGUCACGAGAAAACCACGUGAGUGCGUCUUCGUCUCAGACCGGCAAAGUUCAGCAUGAGCCACGUGAUACCACGUGCACUCUUGACUUAGAGCAGGCUCAAAUUGUGAAGCCUUCCGAACCCAGUUCGAGCGGUUUAUGUCAAACGGUCGAAAAAUGAAUCCGCAACGGCCGUAUUGUGGAGUACAAAAUCUCGAUCUCGAUCCACAAUCGCGGUGCCCUAGGUGCAGGUGCAGGUGAAGGCGCCGUCGACGUGAGGUAUUCUCUCUCAUUUCUCUUUCUCCUUCCCCUCUUCUAUGUAUUCGAUUUUAUCUCUUUCUCUUCAUCUUCUCCCCGCGGUACUUCAACUUAUUGUUCUAUCUGAUGAGAAACGAAUAGAGAUUGGGAAAAAUAGGUAGAGAAGAAGUAAGAACAUACAAAGCGAAAUUUCCACUCACCGGAGUUGGAAUCGCAUCGACUGUCGCUUCAAAACUAACCGCCGAGCUCCGCUUCCGACGCCGUGCUAGGGUUUUGAUAGAUUGGGCGGGAGUUUUGAUAUUAUUAUUUUAUUGUGAAAAAUUAAUAAGUUCUUUUUUUUAUUGAGUUUUUUCUUUUACCCCAGUGCCCCCUCAAUCAUUAGUGGUUCAGAACGAGUCAAUAUAGUUUUUUACUAAUCUUCUUCAUCAGUAAUGUAAUGAACUCAAUUAAUUAGUAUAUUCUCCAUCAAAUUUAUUACUAUAUUUCUGUCUCAUUUAAUUUGUUGAUCCUUUU